AUGGCUUCUAUUAUGCGUGGUUAUCAAGCUUUUCUGCGACCAAUCGUCUCGGCUCCAAAAUGUAAAUCGGCAACUGAUACGGGAAAUUUGUUCGAUAUUGAUGGCUUUCUGAGAACAAGAGAUAAAGAAAAGCAGGAAUUUUACAGAAGAUUUUGUUCUACUCAAUCGUUUAUUCGAUUCAUCGGAAGAGCGAUCAUUUGUUUCGGACAAAAGAAACGGGUACUGACAUCGGGCAACUAUUGGAAAUCGACACUUCCCCUAUCAUCAAACACCGUGUUUAUUCCCCCACUGGAGCCGCUCAUCAACGUAGAAUCAGGCACAGAACGAGGAUUCCGAUAUAAUGGAUUCCCACGAACUUUGGACUUCAACCAUUUCCAAAUGAACAAGUUAAACAUCGAGCAAACGAAUGACUCAAAACAGCAAAUACCGAUGGUUGAGAAGGAGAUUGGAAGGUGUGCCGCUGUUCGAACAAAACACGAAACACGAUCGUCACUUAUGAUGGCAGCCAACGGAGUGAGAACGCAAAAGAUUAUCUUGGCCCAAGACAUUGCUGUUCUACGCUUACUCUCUGUGGUUCAAUGCAAUUGCCAUCCAUGCUUGCCAUUUCAAAGAACAAACGGAAGACUCUACGUUUGGCUUUUCAUGGUUUUAUCUCGGCUAGAAGCAACAGAAGUGAUUCCAUUGGAUCAAGUAUGUUACCGAAUUCUGAUCGAAAUGUGCGGACAAUAUGGCGAACCACAUCUUGCUGUGCGAGUAUUAUAUGCAAUGCGCCGAUCUGGACUUGAGCAGAAUGCUGUCACUUAUGGUUUAUACCAUCGAGCUGUGAUGAAUGUUGAAUGGCCAUCACCUAGCCGUGUACGAGCUGAACAGACUGGCAUCGCC